CUCUGCGGAUCCCGGCUGAAAUUGCGCGCACCUGAUGACGCAGCAGUCUGGCGUGGUGCGCUGCUGCGUCAUGCCCAGGAAUACAGGCUCCGCUUUCCAGUGAACAUCUGUACUUUCUUUUUCCUCCAAAGAAAUUAAAUUUUACUCCUGGAAAUGUAGGUUAGAGAUGUUUAAGGCAAAGUCCCGCUGGAGGAUCACGGACACGCGCGGAUCCCACCCUGUCCCAUCUCCGCUUCAUUUUUAGAGGACACGAGGAGGAGGGCUCUGACAUCAGCGCUGCCGCCCUCCCCAAAAAUCAGCCAGCACCCAGCAGACUGUCUGUUUGCGGGAUCCGCCGCGGCGUGCGCCUCAUCCUAACGGGACGCCCGUACCGUCAGCCGCUCUACCCGAGUGGGAGCGGCCGGUUUGCGCACCGAGAAGCCGCCGCGGGACGGAGCUUCAGCGGUGAGUUAGCAGGGGGAAAAAAGAGUCACGUUUAUCCUAAAUGCACCUCAUCAGGUCAGAGCACUGACCCGCAUGCGCGUGGACUCCCGCUGCCAAGCGCAAAAACGCUCAUUCCGGGACUUUGAUGUGAAAUAUGCAGGUGCAGCUGCAGGAGGAGUGGCGCUCUGCACUGCAGCUGUCAACUCAGGUGUGUGCGCACGUGUGGGUGGAGGGCGAUCAGGUGGAACAUUAGUCAGGUCAGUCUGGACCCCCAACCCCUCCCUCAGGUCUGUCCACCAGGAUACUGCAGGCCUCAGACUGUCCCAGUGGGAUUUCAAAGACCCCCAUCUGCGUUGCAGGUUCAUAACAGGAGGAUCACUUGCAUAUUUUUGGAUAAAUAAGCUCAAACUUUCAGGUGUUGAAUUCCACCUUAGAGACAGAUUUUUAUCUUUUUGCUGUGUCAGCAUCCCCGAGUUUCUUUUUAGUCCACUUCAGCUCAGGGAUUUCUCCAAAAGCCACCGUCCUAUGAACACCUGUUGCCAUGGGAUCAGAGACUUUCCAGUACAGAGCCCUCUUUGAGUACAAACGUGAGGGUGCAGAUGACAUCAGUCUCCAACCAGGUGACCUGCUCACCGUCGCCAAGGCCUCGCUCAUGUCUGCUGACCCCCCGGAGGGAGGCGAGCGAAGCCAACCUGGCUGGUUGCGUGGCGUCAACGAGCGGAGCAAGGAGAAGGGAUUCUUCCCAAGGACGUUCGUGGAGUUUAUUGGAGUGGGAGCAAAGCCGUGGCCCCGGCCUGUGCCGCCAAUAGUAGAGGGGCCGCAGUUUCUCGGAGCAGCAGCUUCUUCAGGUGUGGAGGCGGAGCAUCUGUUGGCGGCAGCUCCAGUGGUUGCUCAGAGACUGAUGGAAGCCAUUGAGAAGCACGGUUUAAAUGGUGAGUCUCUGUAUCAAGGUUCUUCAUCCAGCAGUGGACCCACAGUGCUCCGGCAGGUUCUGGACUCAGAGCCCAUCUCAGCAGAUUUGGACAAGUACGAUGUGGUUUCUCUGAGCGACGCCCUGAGAGGUUUCCUGCAAGACCUGCCCACCCCAAUUAUUCCUCCGAUCGUUUAUAAUGAACUGGUCUACACAGCUCAAGAGAAUCAGACAGUGGAGGAAUGUGGGGAGAAGCUCAAAGGGAUCCUGGAGUCUCCAAACAUGCCCCAAGCCAACCACCAGCUGCUGGUCCGCCUCAGCAGGCACUGGGACCGGGUCGCCCAGCAGGGUCAGGCCAGCCCCCGGCUGCUGGCACAAGCAUUUGCUGAUGCUGUCUUCAAGCAAACUCCUCUCAGGACAGACGUGAACCCAGAGCUUCACAUCCGGAUUUUGGAGGCUCUCAUCACAACUGGAGGCCUUACAGAGAUGCAAGCGGCACCAGCUCUUCCUCCAAAGCCAGCAAAGUCCCAGCAGUCCUCAUCAGCGGGGGUAGGGGGAGGCAGCACCACCACAAAGGACGGAGGAGCGUCCUCGCUGCAAGAAGCCGAGUGGUACUGGGGGGACAUUUCCAGGGAGGAGGUGAACGAUAAGCUCAGAGACAUGCCUGACGGGACCUUCCUGGUGAGGGAUGCUUCCACAAAGAUGCAAGGCGACUACACUCUCACGCUGAGGAAAGGAGGUAACAACAAGCUGAUCAAGAUCUACCACAGGGAUGGGAAGUACGGUUUCUCCGAGCCGCUGACCUUUAACUCCGUGGUGGAUCUCAUCAGCCACUACCGGCACGAGUCUUUGGCCCAGUACAACACCAAGCUGGACGUCAAGCUCAUGUAUCCCGUCUCCCGCUUCCAGCAGGAUCAGCUGGUGAAGGAGGACAACAUUGACGCUGUUGGGAAGAAGCUGCAGGAGUACCACAAUCAGUACCAGGACAAAAGCAAAGAGUACGACCGACUCUACGAAGAGUACACCAAGACGUCCCAGGAGAUCCAGAUGAAAAGGACGGCCAUCGAGGCCUUCAACGAGACCAUCAAGAUCUUUGAAGAGCAGUGCCACACCCAGGAGCGCUACAGCAAGGACUACAUAGAGCGCUUCCACCGCGAAGGCAAUGACAAGGAGAUCGAGCGUAUUAUGAUGAACUAUGAGAAGCUGAAGUCUCGGCUCGGGGAGAUCCACGAUAGCAAGGUGCGACUGGAGCAGGACCUGAAGACCCAAGCCAUGGACAACCGCGAGACGGACAAAAAGAUGAACAGCCUGAAGCCUGACCUCAUACAGCUGCGCAAGAUCAGGGAUCAGUAUCUCGUCUGGCUCAAUCACAAAGGAGUACGGCAGAAACGAAUCAACGACUGGCUCGGCCUGAAGAACGAGAACACAGACGAGACCUCCUUUGUGAGUGAGGAGGAAGAGAACUUGCCUCACUACGAUGAGAAGAGCUGGUUCGUGGGGAAUCUGAACCGGAUGGAAGCAGAGGAGCUGCUCAUCGGAAAGUCGGACGGAGCGUUUCUCAUCAGAGAAAGCAGCAAAAAAGGCUGCUACGCCUGCUCUGUUGUCGUCGAUGGGGAGGUGAAGCACUGCGUCAUCUUCAGCACGCCGCGUGGCUUCGGCUUCGCUGAGCCAUACAACCUGUACAGCAGCCUGAAAGACCUGGUGCUCCACUACCAGCAGACGUCGCUGGUGCAGCACAACGACUCGCUGAACGUCCGCCUAGCCUAUCCCGUCUACACGCAGAUGCCCUCCGGACGCAGAUGAAGCCCGCCCACCACAGACAUCCAGCCAGCCCCCUCUUUCCAAUUAAGGGGGGGUUUAGGAGGGGGGAAUGGGGGCGUGGUUUUAAUGCAAAAAGACCCCCAGACGACAAACCAGAAACACUUGCUGCAACACUCAUGUCAGCCACCUUGGAGUUCUAUAUAUUUUUUACGAGAACAUUUUCGGAGGGCAUUCUUUCUAAGACUGCUUGAUUUGCACAAGGAAGUUUUAAAUGUUUGUGAAUGUGAGAAAAAGUGACCGAAGGAAGAAAGGAAGGAAGGAAACGGAGGAGGAGACGUCAGUUUCAGGUCGACCCCCCGCUGCUACCUAAAAGAAAACUUUCAACCGCCACCACGACUACGAAACAUUCCCGCUGUCACGCCUUCAUCCCACCUCCGUUUUUCCUGACCGGAGCGGACGCCACCAGGAGUCGGCUCUCUGUACGAAGCGAAUAAAUGAUGAUGUAGCAUGA